UUUACGCUCAAAAGUUGGCUGUUGGUUGAAGUUUAUUUCAAGAAUUUUAUCAUAAAACAUACAUAAUUCUUUCAUUAGAGUGUAUUUGUGUGAUAUCAUAAAUAGAAGAUAAUCUUUAAAACGUGAUUAGUUGCAAAAUGUGGUGAUAAUAACUGGCAGGUGUUGUUAAUUUGAUUAAAGAUGAACGACCUUACAUAUCUACCUAUCUAUAAACAAACAGCUGUACCAAACCAAAUGCCUACACUUGUUGCACCCACUUUCAAAAACUGAAGAAUUUACCUGUUUAUGUGAGAAAGUGAACUUGAUAUCUUAUUUACAUGUCCUCAAAUCGGAACUGAGUUCCUGUUAUCAGAUUUACCGUUACGAUUGACGCUAGAACGUGGGAAUUAAGUGUUGUUUUCAUUAACGCUAGAGUUCGUUAUAAAUGCACCUGCAGUGCAGUGAUUGCGACGUAUGAGUGCAUCGUGAUUAUGAAACAGUUCGUUAUGAUAAAAUCCUGUUAUUACGUAGAAUUUAUCGUCGCAAGCCAGGUAGAAAUAACACGACCCAACAAGUUUCGAAUGAAGAGUCAUCAGACCCCAAAAUGAGUCAUUCGUGGACAAGCACGUCGAUUGUUUUGUUUCUAUGGAAUGCCACAACGAUGAGUAAAGUGCAAAGAUAAACUUUCGCAUAGAACCUUCAUGGUAAAAAAAGGUCAUUACACCUAUUGUGCCAAGUUGUAAGUGUAGUAGUGCUAUUCCAUUUCUGAAAGUUUUGAGAUUUUUGUUCUGUCGGCGGGAAACUUGUGAAAAACCAGAAAAGUUUUGAGUGAAUUAUAAAUCUUUUUCUGUAAAAUGUAUAUAAAACUGUGUAAAUAAGUGUAGCAAUGGCCCAAAAUUCAAUGGAUUCAGACAGGCUAUCUUCGGCUGGUAUAUCAACACAUAGUUCUGGGACUGCGGGGACUGUGGGUGGGUCUGUGGUUGGUGUGAGAGUGGGUGACCAGGGAUUGAAGAGAGAUGAAGAUGAAUACAACCUAGGACCAUUGCCUCCAAUGUGGGAGAAGGCAUUCACCCCCUCUGGGGAAGCUUAUUUUAUUGACCACAACACUGGGACAUCGCACUGGCUGGAUCCACGUUUAGCGAGAGUCCGGAAGCACUCCCUCGGUGAAUGUGGGGAAGACGAACUGCCCUACGGCUGGGAGCGAGUGACAGAUGAACGCUACGGCUCGUACUAUGUUGACCAUAUCAACAGACGGACUCAAUAUGAAAACCCAGUGUUACAGGCUAGAAGACUGCGAGCGGAGAAGAUGGCGGCAGAGAACGGAGGAAACAGCCAGCCUAAUGGUGCAACGCCGACGGGGGAAUUAAGAGGGGAAAGGUUCACCCUCACACUCACUAAAGGGACUCAGGGUUUAGGAUUCACGCUAAUCGGUGCAGAAGGCAUCCCCGAGACUGAAGGGUACCUACAAAUCCGCAGCAUUGUACCACAUAGCCCUGCCUGGGUAGACGGUGCCCUCCGCCCGGGCGACGUGCUAGUGGGCGUGGGGCCGCGCGGCGUGCGCGGCCUGUCGCACGCGCAGGUGGCGCAGAUAUUCCAGUCCAUCACGCCGGGGACUGAGGUCGUGCUGCAUCUUGUACGGGGGUACCCGCUAACAUUCGAUUCGGAAGACCCAAACACGCGCGUUCUAAGCACACUGGCGGUGGACGCGGCGCCACCAGCAGUUCCUGACAAUGCCGCUAUGCAGCAGCUCACUAGAGCUUUGAGGACUAGAUUCAACCUCGACUCGCCCAGCCACGUGGACACCCAAAGCCGCGACGAGCCAGAUACGUCACCUGUGACGCCACACAGUCCGACACAACGCAGGCUGCUGUCUCGCUCGUUUGACCUGGACGAGAUAGUGCCCAGCGCACACAACCCCGCUCCUCGGUGCUCCUCCGCGGACCACCUGCUUUCACUGCACACCGAUCAUCCGCAUAGGAACAACAAUGGCGCUACGAGUGAACCGGGGCGCGAGUUAGUGCUCACUUUAAGACGAGGCGCCGCCGGGUUCGGGUUCACCAUCGCUGACAGUGUCCACGGGCAGAAAGUUAAAAAGGUACUGGAUCGCAGCCGCUGCGCUGGUUUACGUGAAGGGGAUCUACUGCUACAAAUAGGAGAGACUGACGUACGACACGCCCCACAUCAACAUGUCGUGCAGGCGUUAAAGGACUGUCCAGCGAUGCAUGAGACGACGUUACGUGUGUGGCGGAGGAACAAUACCGUCACGAGAGCCCCGCGGAGUAGAUCUGCUACUCGAGUACAACCCACCACAUCGAACAACGCUCAACUAGGUAAUAGAAGCAAGACACCUACGGCCGAGCAGCUGCGAUCCCCUGCUCUACACACGCAAGACUCUUUGAGGGACAGACUCAAUGGGAUGAAUUCCGUAGAAGCAACAUACGCGGUCCCAGAGCAUAAGUCUCGUGAACGCGAGAGUCUGAUAGACCGCCGCCGACGAAGCAGCACGCCCGGCGGACGACUAACACUACCAGUAGUCACCCCCUGGGCGGAACCACAGAACGAAAACCAAUGGCAAGAACGAGAAACGUGGAUCGACAACUCAAACAAUGUACGCAACUGGGCCGAGACGCAGAAAUGGGACGAUAACACCCAGAAAUGGGAUAAUAAUAAUCAAAAAUGGGAUAAUAAUAGCCAAAAAUGGGAGCAGAAUGGGCAGAAAUGGGAUCAGAAUGGGCAGAAAUGGGAUCAGAACGGCCAGAAAUGGGAUCAGAAUGGGCAGAAGUGGGAUCAGAAUGGGCAGAAGUGGGAUCAGAAUGGGCAAAAAUGGGAUCAGAAUGGGCAGAAGUGGGAUGAGAGUGUGAACAAUGGUAACGGGUGGGAUGGCCGCAGUGGACGGUGGGACAGUGAGAAUUGGGGGGAGGUGCCCACGCCCACGGUGCAUGUGGAUAUGGGCGCCGCUUACUGGAGGGGCAACGCUAGUGUUGCCGAUAGCAGCGAUAAUGGAGGAUCGUCAGGGUUCCCAGAAGAUGGCAUGCUGCACUCGCCUACGACAGCAGCCAUCGGCGGGCUGGCCAGGCAGUCGCCUUCUACCAGUAGGCUAAGACCACACUCACCGUCUAACUCAGGUCGGCUAAGAAGUCAUUCGCCGUCGACCAACAGUGCGACAGACCGGCUUCUAUCGAACUCCCCAUCUACGAGGCUGCAGAGUCAGUCGCCUUCUAACAACUCAUCCAACGGACGAAUAAAGGGAUCACCGCUCAGGUUGCACGAGUCGUCCCCAUCUCGUCACAUGCACUCGCCCGUGUCGCGCCGGUCCCCGUCCUGCUACGAGACUGACUCGCUGGCUCAACCCAGCUCCGUCUAUGUUGCUAACUACCCGCAGGUGGAAGCAGGCGGCACGACCGACCCGGAAGCGGAUGUGCUGGUGCGGCUGGCUCGCGGCAGCGCGGGCUUCGGGUUCCGGAUAGUGGGCGGCACCGAGGACGGCAGCCGCGUCGCUGUGGGAUACGUCGUGCCUGGUGGUCCAGCUGACGGUCUAUUGCGCCCCGGAGAUCUUCUGACCUCUGUAGAUGGUAUCCCCCUAGCGGGUGCUACGCAUGCGCGCGCCGUCGCUUACGUGUGCCAAGCCGCUUCCAGGGGACAUGUGACACUAGGAGUUCGACACAACCGUGCGGACAUUCAAGCACUAGGUCUACCCCCUAUGGGCGCGCCACAUUCCCACCAGCAUCAACCAUUACUCACCGGCGGCGCGUACAACCUCGUGCACCCCGCGCCGCUGUACCCGGCCGCGCCGCCCGCGCCCGCACACCACAUGUAUGGCGUGCAAUACGAUAACUCGGCGGGGUGGGCGCCGGUCCCGUAUGACGUCACAGUUACCAGGAACGAAGGGGAAGGAUUCGGCUUCGUCGUCAUAUCCUCUACUAACAAGGCUACCAGUACUAUUGGUCAACUGAUCCCGAACUCGCCGGCAGCGCGUUGCGGCCUCCUGCACGUAGGAGACACAAUCCUCGCCAUCAACAGAAUGCCAAUACGCAACCUGCCACACCCAGAAGUAGUUGCUCUUAUCAAACACAGCGGUACCACGGUCACACUGACAGUGCUACCGCCGGACGGACGCGUCGACUGAUACAGUGUUGCCCACGGCAAGUAUAUAUUUGAUAUAUUUGUCACGGUCCGGAUUAGGGAUGAGGUUAUACCGGUUAUUGUGUAAUACAUAUCUGUUACUUAAAAUAUACUAGUAUUCCGUCGCGUAAACUUCUCAAGUCCGUCUCUGGAAAAUAUCCUAUAACAGUAAUGUGGAGGCACGGCAGAGCCCCCGCAAAGUCGAGCAAGAACGUCGACAUGCAGUACCAUCUUUUUCUAGAAACCAUUAAAGGCAUUUUCAACCACAUAUAUGUCAUCAUGGAUAAAGCUAGAAGCUUGAUAAUAAUUUACAUAUUAUCAGUCUUUACAAUGCAUAGGUGUUAAUAUUGCAAUCUUUUUCUAUUGUUAGUAAUAAUAUACUACAUACUUGUCAAUAUUUGUCUGCCAAUUUUCAUCCAAAUCGGUCGACGGUUUAGGCGUAAAAAGGUAACAAACAGGAAGACAAAUGAGCUUCUGAGCAAAUUCUUUUAUCUAUGAUUCAUACAUGAACUCAAACUUGUAAAUCGAAUUUUGGACCCGAGGCAGGGUUCGAACUUGUGAGACUAUGAUGUCACGCGACAAGAUACUUAGAAUGUGUCAAAUCUAUGUUAUAUUAAAAUCUGAUCUGAAUCUUCUACAAUAUUCUCUUUUUGCCUCUCUGUUUCUAUUCUAUUCUAUCUCUAUUUUCUUCUAUUUCUUUUCUUUUUUUUCUACUUUACUCUCUUUUUUACUUUACUUUUAAAUAUUAUGAAAAAUAUUUAGAAUUUUCUCUAUAAUAUGGGAACAUUUUUCGCAAUCAAUUUGUUAGUUUAGUUCACAUAGUUUUAGUAGUAAGGAUUUAUAUUUUAUCAGUCAACUUGCGUUUCCGUGGCUGCUCUUAAAUAUAGCUUUAAUAAAACGUCUUUAGUGUUUAACUCUUUACUUGGGUUGCCAUCUAUAAAUGCUUAAUAUUUAGUCAGUAUGGAAAAAAAUACUUACAUAUUAUGAAAAAAAAAAAUAUCGAGUAAACUAACGGCACGCUAUAAUAGCCAUUCAGACGUUCGCCUUAAUUAAUACAUACAUACAUACAUAAACUCACGCCCGUAAUCCCUAGUGGGGUGGGCAGAGCCACAAGUAAUCAAAGCCUUAAUUAAUAAGUACGUUAAAAGAGCAAAUAGCUGUAACAGCAAUUUAAAGGAGCUAACUUUAUGAUGUCCAUCAAGUUUAAUAUUUAUUUGUAACUAUAUUGACGGAGCUAAUUGCUGUACUUUAUCAUAGCGUGCCGCUAGUUAAAAAAACGAAAAAAUAGUAUUUUUAAAAUAGUUUGUUUCUAAUACAUUCCAUUCACCAAAUGACCCGUCCAUACUGACUAAAACAUCAGCGUUAUAAAAAUUAUUACGACUUAUUUGUAAGUCGCUGUACAUUCGCCGUCCAAAUUCCACUAUAAUACCCCUAGUUUUAAACUUUGUGCCUUUUAAAUAACGUGUAUAAAUAUUAUUUACUUAACGAUUAAGAUGUUGCAUACGUUGUAUGAACAAGAUGUUUAUAUUAUAAUGAAGGACUUUCCAGGCUACGAUCCCCAAAAAAAAUAGAUGGCACUGUAAUUUUUUUCUUCAUUUAACCUUCUAAUUUGAUGGACAACAGACAUGUGCAUUUUUUUAUAAAGUACCACAUCUUUGUUUGUAAUUUUUAUUUUUAUUGUAAGAUCUUACUGUUUUUUUUUUUCUUCUUUUUUGUUUUUUGCUUGAUUUUUGUGUGUGCAGUUUUGCAAAAUAAACAUUUUCUCUCUCUCUCUCUCUCUCUCUCUCUCUCUCUCACACAUCAUCAUCAUCUUCGUGCAUCUUUUAUCUUUGUUUUUGGGUAUAAAUGAUGACCCUUUUUAUUACACCCAGACACAAAAUAAAGAGAAACAAUAUAGGUAGCAACAUAAUUAUAUACAUAACCUGAUUCGAAUGUCUAUAUAUUCUAUCUAUCUAUAUAUUUUUAUAUAUGCUUCUGCCAUUACAUUAUAUUUUUGAAUAAUUACAUAAUGAGAAAAUAGGUAAUUAAUAUUCAAUAUUCUUUAUUUGCAAACUAUGAUGGUGUACAAGUUUGUAAGUCAGGGCGUUAAAUCUACACAUACAUACAUAAACUCACGCCUAUUUCGCACUCGGGUAAGCAGAGACUAUGGAAUUCCAUUUGCUCCGAUCCUGAGAUACUUCUCUUGCUUCCUCCACAUUCAUCUUUCGUUUCACACAAGCACGCCGGUUCAGAGUAAAUCUGUACAGCGCCAUCUAUAUUAUUUUUGGGGAACGUAGCGUGGAAAGUCCCUCGUUAUAAUAUUAAGUAGAAAUAAGUAUAUAUUGGUGCUAAUUCCUGUAAAUACCAUCAAAUUUUAUUUUAAGUUAUAUCUGUCAUUUUCUUAUCCGCCGAAAAGGAAAGGGACGGGUAAUCGACAAGCAUAAAAUUUAUGGAACACACGUCAAUUUUAAGCACAAAUCUAAACCAACUGUCUAAAAAUUUUACAUCCGUCAAUAACCCGACACAGUUAAGUAGACAGCACGUCAAACGGAUUGCAUACCAGCGAGGUACCUUUUGAUUCGCCCGGGUUAUUCAUUCAUUUACUCAUUCUUCCUAAAAUUAAGAGCUGUGAAUCAUCCGUCCCUUUCCUUUUCGACGGAUAUGAAAAUGACGGAUAUAACUUAAAAUAAAAUUAGGCGGUGUCUGCAGGAAUCGGGGCCAUUAAGUAAGUAUAGUAGGUACCAGUCAUGAGCAAUAUCAUGUACUCACUUUAGAACCCUGUCGCACUAUCAUAUUCGACAUUUAAUGAGACUUGCGAACUUUAUUAGUCAAAAAAGUUAAUAUGACAUGGUUUCAAAGUGUAUACAUAUAAGUACUCGUGACUAGUCGUGACCGUGCACCUAUUUUUCGAUUUGAAUAAAUAUGUCUGUAGAAUAAUGUUGUCACAUUCAUAUGACCUGGAACCCGAUGGUUAAAUUUCGGCCUUAAUACGAAUCUAAUAAAUUCUGAAUCUCUAUUUAAAUGAAAUCGAAUAAUUUAUUAAACAGUCAAAUAUAUUUUUUUUAAAAUAAUAAAUAAUCAAUGAGGUAAAUACGUAAUAUCGUCUUGCUAUUUUUUACCGUAAGUGACAAUAUAAAUUGCUCAAUUUGUAUACCAAUAAUGAAAUACUUUACUGAAGUCAUUAUAAAAAAAAUAAUUCCAAUUUGUAAGUUAAGAAUGUUUACGUAUUAAAUUCGAGAACUAAUCGGUAAUGUAGGGUGUUAUUAUUAUUAGCUAGUGUGUUUUAAUUACAUACUAAUAGGUACAGAUAUCCCUUGUACCCACAUUUGGUGUAAAUAUUAAAGAGGUACUUAAUCAAUGCAUAAUAGAAUAGGUUUUUCCAUGUUGACUUUGAGUUUUUUAUCCAUAUUUUCUUAUUCUACUAAAUUGUAUUUUGAUACUUAUUUAAGAUUAAUAUUAUUUCUCGGAGGUUUAAGUUUAAAAUGUAAUCCAUUGAAGUCUUAGUUGUAUUGUAUUCUGGAUAAGAAUCCGGUUUAGUUCAUUAUUGUUAGUUAUUUUUUACUUUAUUGACUGACUAACAGAAAUGUAUUUAAGGAAUUAAUAAGUUGCCUACGUGAAUAAGAACCAGACCGUAUAUUAUUAUACAUUGGAAAUUGUUAAUAAUUUGACCAUUUUUUACAAAAAGAGUCAUUACUUUAAUAAACGGCAACACUGUCAUUUUCAUUUUUUGAAAAUUUACGUUUUUUUUUAUAAAAGGUUAUGGAAUUGACAACUUGAUGACGUGCGAGUGUUGCCAUAUAUAAGUUCUAAAUUACACAUCUGUGUUCAUUCUAGGUUCUUUACACGUAUAACUGAAAGGGUUCCAUAAGGAGCGAAACAUUUACAAUUGAUAUGUAUUUGUGAGACCACCGAGCUUGGAAAUGUAAUCGUUAGGUAGCUAUAGCUAGUUCUAUAAGUAUAAUUAAUGAAAAUGCAAUAAAUAUUGUGCCUUUUACAUGUAAACCCAGUCUUGCCCUAAAAUGAAUAUAUUAUGUAAAAAAAAUAUCCAAAGAAAGAUUACAAUUUGGUGUUAUCUAUUGUAAUACUGGUCUAUUUCCGAAAUCAUUGUCUUCUAGUAUAAAAUUGUGUAAAAAUCUAUAUUUUUCUGGUCGACUUUACCCAGAAAUAUUAUUUAGCAAAUUGUAUUAAAUAAUACACAGGUUUAUUGAAUAAAAUAUUUUUAUAAAA